AAAUAAUUUGUAGGAAAAAAAAAGAAAGAUAAAUCAUAAAACCCUAGUUAGUAGCGCUAAACUAGUACUACUACUACUACGACAGUUCACUUCCACUGGUGAGAAAGCCGAGAGCGGAAGCGAGGAACGAGGAGGGGCAAGCCCCUUUCUCUGUUCUCCUUUGCCUAUCUUCUUUUCUUCUUCUUCUUCGUGGAAAGGGGAGGAGUUUGUGUUUUGUCGAUCAAUCAGAUACCGAGAGGUCUUCUUCCAAUCCCCUCGCCACCGCGUCGAUUUAUAUGCGUUCUUGUGCACCACCUUGUUCAGAAGUUCUAUUGCUUUGGCUGUUCUUUGGUGUUGGUGAAAAAUCAAAGUUACUUCUUCACUGAGCUUUUCUAGUGCUCCUUACUUUGUAAAUUUGAAGAGGUUCAUGGUCAUGGUCACUGAAAGUCAGUUUAUAAAUCUAGACAGUGCCCCUUAUCAAUCCUUUCAGCUAUCAACCAUGGUUGCUGCUGAAAAGCUGGCACUGAAGAAGAAGUUGAAGCUUGAACUUGCUUGUGUUAGGUCUGCAACAGAAAGAAUUGGAGUAGAGUUUGAAAAAAGAUCAUGUGAGUUUAAUCAGCAGGGUUCUUUAAUUGGUGAAAGUGGUAGAACUACUUCUGGUAAAGAGCAGAGAAGCACGGAGAUGAGCAAAGUGCAAAAAAGUACCAAUUGUCAUUCUGUUUAUGUAGAAAUGGGUGUUGCUGACAAAUCUAAAGUGGAAUCUGGUGUCCUUUGUGCUAGUAAGCGGGGACCUCCUAACAGAUUGGAGGUUCAAUUGGUAAAAAAGCAGAGAAUGGACACAGGUAUGGUGCAACAAUGUAUGGCCCUGCUGAAGAAGCUUAUGAAUCAUCCGGUUGGUUGGGUUUUUAACCAGCCAGUUGAUCCUGUAGCAUUAAAUAUUCCGGAUUAUUUCUCAAUAAUAUCUGAACCCAUGGACUUGGGCACAAUAAAGUCUAAACUGCAGAAAAAGCUGUACUCUUGUGCUGAAGAGUUUACGGCAGAUGUGAGGCUAACAUUUUCCAAUGCCAUGCUUUAUAAUCCUCCUACAAAUGAUGUGCAUAAGAUGGCCAAGGAAUUAAAUAGGAUCUUUGACAUGAGAUGGAAAUCACUAGAAGUGAAAUGGGGUGGGGAAAGCACAAAGGUUGGGCAGCAGUCAAUUUCCAGUGAGGUGAAAAAGAAAGCUCAGAAUAAGAUAAGCUCUAAAAAAGCACCUACCUCCCAUGUAAGUUCAUUGCCCAGGAAGUCAAUGUCAUCUGUGGAUAAGCAGAAACUGAGAAAGGAUCUAGUGGAAAUAUCAAAGGGAAAACUUCCACUUCCCUUGCUUCAUUUCUUUCAGAAAUUGGGUUUGGUUGGCCAGGCUGAAGAAAGAAUUGAAGUGGAUAUUGAUGCAUUUGAUGAUGAGACAGCAUUGGAGGUGCAGAGACUCAUAAGGAAUUACCUUGAUGCAAAAUCUGCAGAUCCAAAUAGAUUACGUGCUGCUGAGACAACUAAUACUUCUGGUCACGAGUCCUUACAGAACGAAUUUCAAAAAGGUACUAGCAAUAGUAAUAGACCUCUAUCUGUCUCUGCUGGUGCCAAGCCACGUGUGAGUCCUGGAGCCUGCAUAAAUGGUUCAUGUAACAGCAUUACUUCCCAAUGCAGCCAUCACAAUGAUUUCACCCAAGCUUCCUCGAGUGACCUUGACUCAGAAAGAUCAUCGGGCAGAAACAAUCAUGCAUACAAUGAUGGUGUAUCAAACCUGGGUCAUCUUGAAAAUGACACAGAAAAGGCACGGAUGAGCAAGUCAGACCCUGAUUCUGAUGGUGCUGUAAGUAUUGUGGAUGAAGAAAAUGGUCGACCUAGUUCUCGUCCUGCAACUCCUGCCAUUGUUGCUGCUCCUGGAGAAAGAUGGGAGGAUUCUGUUUAUGAUGGACAGUUGUCACCAAACAAGGCCCUCCGUGCUGCAAUGCUAAAGAGCCGCUUUGCUGACACCAUUCUGAAAGCACAACAGAAGACACUCCUAAACCAUGGUGAGAAAGGUGAUCCAAUCAAAAUGCAGCAGGAAAAAGAAAGAUUAGAAAGGAAGCAGCGGGAAGAAAAGGCUAGGAUUGAGGCACAAAUCAGAGCUGCUGAAGCUGCAUCACGUAUGAGAGCAGAAGCUGAACAAAAGAUGCAGCGGGAGAGGGCAAGAGAGGCGGCUCGAAUCAAACUGCAGCAGAUGGAGAAGACUGUUGAAAUUGACGAGAAUCAAGCCAUUCUGAAGGAUCUUGAAAUGUUUGGUGGGUAUACUCAACCCAAAGAUGCCCGUGGUACUGAAGCACCAAAAUGUGGAAAUGUGGAUGAGUUCGCUGAUGACUUUGGUCAUGUACUUGGAACAUUGGAGGGGUGUCACCAUGGCAAUCCGUUGGAACGGUUAGGUCUCUUCAGGAAAGAUGAUUUUAUGGAAGAAGAGGAAGAGGAGGCAAACUUGAACGGGGAUGUGGAAGAAGGGGAGAUUGGUUCAUAGUAAGCUCAUUUCUUGCUUGACCCUUGGGGGACUAUAAUCUGUUGUCGUUUUUUUUCCUCCUCUUCCUGCCUCUACCUCUGCAAUCCAUGACAAUCGGGUGUAAAUAAAUCAUUUUUGGGAGUGUGAUAAACAAAGGAGACAAGGAUUUUUGGGUAGCUGGUUAUAGGUUGACGGAUUUGGUAAUGGUUAGUUUAGUUUCUGUAAGUACAACUUCAUAUAUAAAUUAUAUGAAAGGGCAAAUUAUUAUUAUGAUGUCUUCAUUUUCA